AUUGAUCGAGGGAGUAUGCUUGAGUAAUCAGCGGACCAAAUAGUAAUUCUCCCUCCUCUUUUUUACUCGUAUUUUUCUUCUACUCGUGCUCAAAAAGAUGAAACGUGAAAAUAUCUCCCCGCCCUACGACUUAUAAAUACCGGAUUUCCUUGGCGCCAUUCCAUUUCGAAUCUUCUUCAUUCUCAUUUCUCACAGACUCGACGUUCAACAACUGAGAGAAAAUCGCAGAAGACGAUCGCUCCGACGUUCCUUUCUCCACAAUUUUCUUCUCCGAUACAGCAUUUUCCUCAACACAGAAACUCAAAGCUAAGUUCACGGUGCCAAUCGCUUGAAUUUUUUUCGACUUCUAGGGUUAAAAUCCUUGUUUUGUGAUCAAUAAGGCCACAAAAUUAAUGUCGUAGGAUUUGUACUUCGUGUUCGUGUAUGUAGGGGAAUUCGGAAAGUAUUUGCGUUUGAUUAGAAAAAAUGAGCAAACUUUUAGGAUUAUCAGGCAUGAAAGGCCAUGAUCACUUCAAAUCGCUAUCAGGAUCUGGUUUAGGAGCUGCGAAAUCAAAGUCGAUAAAUCCGCGCAUGUCUUCUGAUAUGGUUUCUACUGGAAGUUUUGCGAAUUUGAAGCUUACAGCAGAGAAAUUGGUGAAGGAGCAAGCUUCUGCUAAAACUGAUCUUCAAUUGGCGAGCUCUAAAUUGAAGAAGUUGACUGAAGAUGUUCGUAUGCUAGAAGAAAAGUUGCAAAAUGCAUAUAAUGAAAAUGCUAAGUUGAAAGUGAAGCAGAAAGAAGAUGAGAAGCUAUGGAAAGGACUGGAAUCUAAAUUUUCUUCAACAAAGACCUUGUGUGAUCAGCUAACUGAAACCUUACAGCACUUAGCUGGUGUGGUUCAGGAUGCUGAGAAAGACAAGGCAUCUCUUGAAGAUAAACAAUCUGCAACUUCUGUUGUUAUUGAUAACUUGCAAGACAACAUGAAUGCCCUCUAUUUGAGGUUGGAAUCCUCCGAAGAAACUGUUAGAAAUUGUAAAACGGAGCUGAAUGAACUUCGUAUCGAGAAGGAGAAAAUGGGGAACUGUUUCAGGGCUGAACAGAGCAAAUGCAUCAGUGUAAUUGAGGAGAAAGAUGCCAUGAUCAAGGAGUUUGAAGCUACUGUAGCAGUUAAUGGACUUGCAGUGGAAAAUUUGAAGUCUAAGUUGGAAAAAUUACAUCUUGAAUCAAGAUUAAAAGAAGAUGAACUGGAGGACUUGAGAACUGCCAAAAACAAUUUGGAGAAAGAAAAGAGUGAUCUUGUAUCUAAAAAUAGCGACUUCGCUAAACAAUUAGAUACAUCACUUCAGGAGAUAAAGAACCUUAAUGAGUUUGUGAAUGAAAUGUUGGUGAAAUUUACUGAUUUGGAUAGCCAAAGUAUUGCCUUUGCGGAGAAGAUUAUUCAGCUCAAUGCUUUAUUUGACUCUGGUUUUGAAAUGAUGAGAGAGAAGGGGGAACUUGCUGCUCGGCAUGCUCAACAAAAGUUGGGCAAGCUUCAGGAUCAAUAUACAAGCAUUACAUCAGAGAAAAAUGCUCUACAGUUGGCCAAUACGGACUUGAAGGAUAAAGUUUUCGCACUUCAGAAAGAGCAAGAACAUGCAAUGGUGCAGCACGCUGAAGAAUCCCGUUUAGCAGAAGAUCAAAUUAGAAAAUUGGAGUCUGAAAGAGAAGUGCUUCUUUCCAAGAAGAUGGAGAUGGAACUGCUGAUUAGCAAGCUGCAGGAAAAUAUUGUCACUUUAUCAGAUAAUUCAAAACUAUCAGAGAAUGAAAUGCAAAAUUUAUCAUUGAAACUCUCCGAGAUGGAAACAGAGAACAAAGAUCAUACUGGAAAGCUUGAAUCAGACCUGCAGAAAAAGGAAGAUGAAAUUCAUCUUUUACGCAAGGAAAUUGACAAUUACACAGAAACCGUGGAUUCACUGGAGAAGCAUGUUACAGAGAUUAACAGUAAGUUGGAGGAGAAAGAUCAGCUUGUUCAGGAACUUCAGGACAGGGAGAAACAGUUGGAAGCUGAGAGAGAAAAGAUUCAGACAUCUUUGCUUGCUGCUGAAAGCAAGCUCGCCGAAUCUAAAAAGCAGUAUGAUCAGAUGUUAGAAAGCAAACAGCUAGAACUUUCUAGACAUCUAAAGGAAUUAUCUCAGAAAAAUGAUCAGGCCAUCAGUGACAUCCGUAGGAGGUAUGACUUGGAGAAGUUGGAAAGUGUCGAUCUAGAGAAGGAGAAGGCUGAAAAAAUCAUUGGGGAGAUGGAAAGGAAUUGUGAAUCAAAGCUGUUGGAAUGCAGAGACGAAUCUAAGCAGAAGUUGAAGCGUUUACAGGAAGAAAAUGCUAAUUUGGUAUGUCAUAUUCAGCAAGAGCACAGCAAGAAGGAAAUGUGUCUUGUUGCCAGUCACAACGACGAGCUAAAACGUGCUCAACUUCAGUAUGAAAGUGAAUUGAGAGAGAAAACAAAUUCAAUGAGGAAUGAGUUUCAAUCUCAGUUAAGAGAUCUGAGACUUGAGCAUGAGGAUGACUGCAGAAGACUGCAGGAGGAGUUGGAUAUGCAGAAGUCUAAAGAGGAGCAACAGAGGGCUCUUUUGCAAUUGCAGUGGAAAGUAAUGGGAAAUAAUCCAGAGGAGGAAGAAGUGACUUCAAAGAAGAACUAUUCUUGCUCGGUGACCAAAAGAAACCAACCUGAUAGUGUCAAAAGGAGCCAGCUUGCACCUGAGAGAGUUGAAGCCAAGGAUGUGGGUUCACAUUAUCUGGUAGGAAGUCAAACACCUGUAUCAAAUUUGUUGAGGAAAGUGGAGCAAGCGAAUACUGGAAAUCUGCCUAAACAUAGUAGGAAGGUGACCCAUCAUGAGUAUGAAGUUGAAACCACAAAUGGCAGAACAAUCACGAAACGAAGAAAAACAAAAAGCACAGUCAUGUUUGAUGAUUCAUCAAAGCACAAGAAGAAAAGGACACCAAAGGUGAAGACUCCCAGAGAGGUUAUCGGGGGUAUUAAAGGAGGUCAUCCAAAACCUGCAAAUAUAGGUGAUUUGUUCUCAGAAGGAUCUCUGAAUCCAUAUGCUGAUGAUCCCUAUGCAUUUGAUUAGAGGUGAAGAAGGGUACUUCUCCAGAGUGCUUAUCUGAAGUGAACUCUUAAACCUGUAAAUUCGUGCAUGCUGAUUCUUUGACGGUUGGCAUAUAUUUGUCUGUUUCUUGUAUAGCAUGGAAUAUAAUCUUCUCUCGGGGAAAAAAUGAAAAAAAAAAAUGUAAAGCAUUGCAAUGAGUAUGUGAAGAAACUGUGGGGGAAAUAACGUGAUUAGAGCUCAAUGGGAGAGGAAGUGCACCAGUGAAUUCACCAGCCGCUUAGAACUACGUAUAUUUUUUGUUCUGUACUUUCCAAACUGUAUAAAGAUUAGCUUUAAUUGUACUUAAGCACGUAUAUUUUUUGUUCUGUACUUUCCAAACUGUAUAAAGAUUAGCUUUGAUUGUACUUAAGCUUUGGUUGCUGGUUUAGCAGACCA